GUGGAGAACUGGUUGUUUUUGGCUUCCUUGAAGGUGGAGAACUGGUUGUUGAUCUGAGCACAGGAAUUCAAACCAGACACGUGCUGACAGCGAGGAUGUUUUCAUGCAGAAGGCUGCAGCACGGAUGACUCGGACUGGGCUGUAUGGGAUACAACGGCGUAACACAGAUAGGAGCAGGAGGAGAAGCUAAUUGGUCACACUUCCCUGGUCAGGAAGAGUGUAGAGAAAAGCAUAAUUCAGUGAUAAAAGUGUGACAAUUUCCUUCACGCAGUAUCAUUACAGAAAGUCGUCCUCAGGGACAAGAGGAGUUUGUAAUUGAAACAGUUUUUCUGAGGUCACUGAUCCAAAGCCAACACAGAUAUUUCCUUUCAGACUGGUUUGUCAAAUAAUAUACUUACUCCUAAUAAGUAAUAUUUUAUACCAUUUAUACUCCUACAUGUCUUUUUUUACUCUUAGUCAUAACAAUGUUUUGAAGAAAUAUUAAUGAAGUUUAUUCUUACUGUUGAUCUAAUUCCAUCACUAACCGUUAUCUACCCAUGGAGAAAUGGUGUCUAGGAAUGCCUAAAAGCUACUCAAUCCAUCAGUCUUGGUCUUGCAAGAAACCAGUGCAGGAAAUGGUCCUCUAUGUCAAAGUGAAACAACUAAAUAAUUACAUCUUUGGCUUUCUUCAAAUAACGAAGCGGUAAUUGUCAAUUUCCCUUACACAUUGCCAAAAGAAGUGCCAGUGAGAACACUUUUCUCAUUAAAACACAACAGACCUCCUGCUUUUCUUUGCAUUUUCUGGAGUCUCAGUACCCACUAGCCCUGCCUCGGCCCUCUUGGUCCCCUCUGCUCCGUCUACCCGAGAAGGCCUGAAGAUCUGCUAUGAGGUCUGAACCCUUUUUGGGUUCAUGUGCUCAUCAGCGUUGAGUGGUAGUAUGACUAAAAGUGUGAGGAUUUGAAUUGUAUUUCACACUUUAAAAGAUAAAAGAUGCCCUUAUACCAAAAACACAAAGACUGUAUGCCUCUGCCCCAUGCAGGUUUGCCCUAUUAUGUUACCUUGUGAAUAAUGAAUGAUGCUCGGUUGGUGAUAGUAUCCACCCAAGGAACUCAACAUGAAACUGAGAACUUCAUUUACACCACAUGCUUCCAUUGUGAACACAAACUGGGAGCCCUGUCUGCUCUCAGAGCCUCAUUACAAUUGUGGUGAAAUAAUAUUUUAACAAAACUGCACUGAUCUGGCUUUGAAAAUGUCCCUCAGAGCCAAAUCCCACACAGACCUGCAGACGGCUAGGACGUCCCUGUUAGACGACAGCCUGUACAAGUCUUUCUCCAUGAGCAGCAGUAACGUUAACAGAGGCAGCCGGUUCGGGAACGGGACAGUGGAAGAGGUCAAAGGUCUCACCAGACCGUCCGUGAGACCUGUACGGGUGGUCAGGCCAGUCAGCGCCAUCAGCUCCAAUGGCUCCUUCCUCCAGAUCAACCAUCUGCAAGGAGAGCUAGUCAGAAAGAGGAAGGAAUGCGAGGAUCUGAGAAAAGAAAACAAGUACUUAUCAAAUGAGAUCCAUAUGGAGAGGAUCACAAUGCGCACAGAGAAUGAGCUGACCAUGAGGAACCUCAGGAAUCUGAACCAGGAGCUGCAGGUUCAGGUCAAAGAGCUCAAACAGAAGCUGUAUCAGAGCCAGCAGAGAGCAACGUUGUGCUCACGAGCUGCAAGUGUGGCGGAGGAGUCCAGAGGAGAUGCAGAGAAGAGCAGGGCACUAGCUGAAGCUCGGGCCCUUGGGUGUCAGAGGGACAAAGAGGUGGCAGAGGCAGACAGGAGCCGUCUGAGUGAAGAACUACAGCAGCUUAAAAAAGAACACACUGAUAUGCAGGUUUUACUAGCGCAAACAGAGAAGAGUUAUUUUUGAAACGAAGCUGAAGCUGGAUCGGG